GUUUCUGACUAUUUUGCCUGAUGUCUUUCUGGGCUCAGGAUUUAUCCUUAAAAGAUGUUUUUCAGAGUAUCAGUAAAAAUUUAUAUUUACAUAAUUUAGCUGAUUAUUCCUUACCACAUAAGAAAUAUUGUAAACUGAGAAAAUGAAAUUCUAGAAAUCAAAACCAUUGUUCAGUAAGUUUCAGGGCUUUAGCUAAAUAAAUAUCAGGAGGUCAGCCUCUAUUUUGGAAUAACUUAAGUAUAUUCCUUUAAACUGGCAGUAAUAGAUUAGACACAUGCAUAUUUGUUCAGUGCAGUGUUUGCAAAGUGCUGACCAUAUGCCAAGUUAUGGACCAUGAGAGAUGUGAAGAUGAGUAUGAAUUGUGUGUUUUUUUUUUUAGUUAGAGAGUUUAGAUCCAAGUGGAGGCAGACAGACUUGAAUGAGUAACCAAAAUACCAGUCAGAAUUUAAUUAGUGCUGCAGUGCAGGUAAAAUGAACUGCUUAUUUCCACGCUGUUCCCAUUUUUCAGUGUUGUGACAGACUGCUGCACAGACCCUAAUGGAUUUUCUGUCUUGUGGGGUUUUGGUUGUUUGUUUUUGUUUUUUUCAACCUUUUAAAGCCUGCUGUGGAAAAUUCACGUGAUUAAAAUGGUUUCGCUAGUGGAUUGGGGUACUGUAUGCCUUUAGCAAUACCGAAUUUUCCACUAGCAACCUCAAGAUAAUUGAGAAAAGUAAAUGACGAUGUUGACUUGGUUUAAAUCAUUUUGUUUAUUUUGUUUCUCUUUCUCCAGUCUCCUUCAAAAAAUCAUUGGUUUCUUCAUAUAAAACAGACUUAAAUUCAGUGUUUUAAAUUCACCUCAUUUGCAGAUGCUAUUUCUUGGUACCCUUCAUUCAGACAUUUCCAUGCUGUACAGAUAUUUAUCCUUGCAAAUAUCCUGUUUGAUGGGCAGGUGAAAAUAUUAUCUCUGUCUUAGAAGAGGAGGAAAUUGUGGCACGGGGAUUUUGUGAUUUAUUCGGAGUUCAAUAAAGGAGAUAGAACUAGGAUUAUAUACAGGAUGAGGAAGUCAAUAUUGGAGAUCUGGUGCCAAGUCUGGUGUACAGUUUCUUAGGCCGUACUGUUCCUGUAUUUCCCCCAAGCCUUGUUUCUUCUGCCACAAAAACCCUCAACUCUUUCAUCUCUACCCAUCUAACCCCUAAUUGCAACUGUGAUCCAUCCUUCUGAAGUAAGUGAUUCUGUGAGGUAACAGUAUGACUAAAUAUACUGAGAAGCUCGAAGAGAUUAAGAAAAAUUAUAGAUACAAAAAAGAUGAGCUUUUCAAGAGACUAAAAGUUACAACUUUUGCCCAGCUGAUCAUCCAAGUUGCUUCCCUCUCUGAUCAAACACUGGAAGUGACAGCUGAGGAGAUUCAAAGGCUGGAAGACAAUGAUUCUGCAGCUUCAGACCCUGAUGCUGAAACCACUGCCAGGACUAACGGGAAAGGAAAUCCAGGUGAGCAGUCGCCGAGCCCUGAGCAGCUCAUAAACAACGCGGGAGCAGGGGACUCCAGCCGCUCAACCCUUCAGAGUGUCAUCAGUGGUGUUGGGGAACUGGAUCUAGACAAAGGGCCAGUGAAGAAAGCAGAGCCCAAUACCAAAGACAAACCUUAUCCUGACUGCCCCUUCCUGCUGCUAGAUGUGCGUGAUAGAGAUUCUUACCAGCAGUGCCACAUUGUUGGAGCUUACAGUUACCCAAUUGCAACUCUGUCUAGAACAAUGAACCCUUAUUCAAAUGAUAUUCUUGAAUAUAAAAAUGCCCAUGGUAAGAUCAUCAUUCUGUAUGACGACGAUGAAAGGCUGGCCAGUCAGGCAGCCACCACCAUGUGCGAGCGUGGAUUUGAAAACCUCUUCAUGCUUUCUGGAGGUCUAAAAGUCUUAGCUCAGAAAUUCCCGGAAGGACUGAUUACUGGUUCCCUGCCAGCGUCUUGCCAGCAGGCCCUUCCUCCUGGUUCUGCCCGGAAACGAUCCAGCCCCAAAGUGCCACCCCUACCAGCUGAGAAUAAAUGGAGAUUUACCCCAGAAGACUUAAAAAAGAUAGAAUAUUAUCUGGAAGAGGAGCAAGGGCCUGCAGAUCAUCCUAGCCGACUGAACCAAGCUAACUCCUCCGGAAGAGACUCUAAGGUGCCUGGUGCCCGAAGCACUCAGAAUCUGCCUGGCGGGGGCCCUGCCAGCCAUUCAAACCCCCGCUCCCUCAGCAGUGGCCACCUGCAAGGCAAACCCUGGAAGUAAAGACUUUGUCUCACUUAGGCAAAUAAAUGUUUUUCCUCUUUUCAGAACCCCUGAGCAUUUCCCAAGUUGGGUCAUUUCCAGAAACUUCUGCAGAGGAAAAGACCAUGACCUACGUAUGGGAUAGGCCCUCUUCCCUCUCCCUAUCUCCAGUUCCUCUCCCCUCCGGAGGCCACCUCGAGAAGAAUUUUGACAGGUGACCACAAAAACCAGAGGCGUGACAGGCUCUAGUGUCCUCCCUGUUGUUUACAGCAUAUUUAAGUCUUGUGAAACUGUAUAGGAAAAAAGGAUCUAAGUUUUUAGUUUUUUUUGUUUUUUUUUUUUUUUUUAAUAAGGUUCAGCUUGUUGGGUAUCUCUUCAUUGUUUUGUAAAUAGUUCAGUCACAUCCGCCCAUGUGCCCCUCCUGACCACCUUUUCGUUCACUGUUCUUGACUUCAUGAAGGCUUCUCUUUGCAGUCUUGAUGUGAGAAGCUGUUUCCAGGGGUGCAGAUGAGCCUUAGGUUCCAGCCGCCUGCAGGCCCCACCCCAACGGACUCACUCGGCAAGGAGCUCUCUGCCUAGCAUACUGCAGGCCCUAUUUUGAGUAUGGAAGCCAGUGCCUGUGUGCAUCGCUCAAAUUGAAGAUGAGGAGAGUAGCUGUACACUCACUGAAUGCUCCCCCUUAUUAGAUACUUUCCUGGAGCCAGAAAGGUGUGCAUGUGGGCGUCUUCACACCGGGGAGGAGGGCCUCUCAUAGGAAAGCCCUGGCCACCACACCCUUGAAGCCCACCAAAGCGGCCCUCACUUGUGGUCAGUAUAUCAGUUUUAAUGCCCAUUUCCCAGCUUCAGUCCAUCCAUGUUAGAUGGAUAGAAAUUAUGGCCACUUGAAAAUACCAGCUUUGGUUGGACAACUGUGGACACACAAGGUGAAGAGAACUCCGAAGUCCUUUCUCAGGGCUGACAGCCUCGUAAGCCCUUGCUUAGAAAUACAGUAUUAGUCUAAUUGAGUAAUUAGUGCAAUUUCCUGCUUACUUUUCAUUCUCAUGACUGAACUGUGAUUAGGAAGUUGUGAUUAUAGAUUCUGGUUUUGGCCGGAAUUUUGAAUCAGCAUUAAUUGAAUUGCUAAAUGACUGACAUUCAUUCCAUUUAAUUGGGGGAACAAAAGGCCUCAGGUAAGGAUGAGAAACUCUGAAAUCAGAUGGAAAAGAGCCGUGUUAAUUUUUAUGGUCUGUGAUCGUAGCUGUGAUAAGGGACUGAGGAAUAAAUUGUGCUCUUUGUCAUGGCAACCAGCUUCUGAAAAGCCAGCUGAAAAUUGCCUGUCCUGCUGGUAACUGCUACAGGGUAAGAUUUGCCUUAACAGUACUAUUUUCUCGCCACAAAAAAAAAAAAGAAAUGCACCACAGUAUUUCUAGCAUGGGGGCUGUGUUUGUAUGAGAAAUAAACGUAAUAAAUAUCUCAUAAAGACAUAUGGAAAAAUAACUUUCAGAUUCAACCCAGUUCUGUUUUAGAGUGUGUUUAUUCUUCUCUACUUGAUUUCCAAAGCGCAACAUUUUCCGAUGCUUUAGAAAUCAAACAAACCAGGAACAUUGUUCAGAUGUCAAGCCGUGCCCAAUUUUCCACAAGAUUCAAGAAUCUUGUAUAAAAUUCAGCCAACGUACACAUAGCUUUAAUGAGGAGUCUGUCAUGUUUCCCCAUAAAUUUAUUGCCUGAGAACUUAGUUCAGGCUUUGCUAAUGCCAAAAUGCUCUGGCUUUGUAUUUUCUUUACAGCGUAGAUAGAAAAAUGCACAUUUUUCCACAUUCAACUUUCCCCUAGCAUGGACAAGAUUUUCAGCCAUUUUUGCCACAUAUACGUUUUAAGGAAAAAAUAUUUUUCUCUGUAACAAAGUUCUAGUUAUGCCGUUUUAAAGGUGACUUGUCAGGAGUUGAGACUUCCCUGCCGCAUUCUGUUUUGAAAGUAAAUGGUCUCCCUCCUUGUUCCGAUUCUGCAUUCCCAUCGUCAACUUUGGAGUGUUGGAAACCACUGUAUAUAUGUGGAAAGCCAGGUCAGCCAGACCUAUUAGAACUGGUGUGCACUCACCUGAGAGAUCUGGCGGGUUGAAUAUAUUUGUGUGUAUUUCUCCAUAGUGCUUGCUUUACCCUGUUGGUAAGGAUUUUAAAUAACCAUGCUGAAAAGAGCUGUUCUAAUUCUGCACUUUGCAUGUUAAAUGUUAAUAUCAAACAUUCUUUAUGUGCUCGAGGUAUUGCUUUUUACAUUGCUUUACCAGUUUCUUCAUUAGAUUAAUUGACAUGUAUUAUUUAAAUGACCAGUGAUGCUUUGUGCAAUUAUGAAUGUUGAAGAUUAAAGUACAUAGUUACUAAUUUGUCGUUUGCUAUGAAUACGCUGAAAACUGCCAACUUCUCUCUUCUUUUCUGUCGAGAUGAUUUGGGGAGCCACAGGAGACUGGUGUGAUUUUUGCUGCAUCUCCUAGAAAAGCAUUUUUUUUUUUUUCCAAAUAAAUGAAUCAGGAAAUCAGUCCAAUUAGGGCAGGGGGCCUCAGCUUUCCAGUCAGAAAGCCUGGAUUUCUUUUCCUGCUCAGGCUGGGAUUGAAGCCACCUUCAACAACUGGAUCAUGGCUUCCUGCCAGCGUCUCAGGGGUUGACUAGCUGCCCUUGUCUGGGGUUUAUGAACCCUGAGACGGAAGGUGCUUCAUCCGUGUACAGCUACAGCGCCACCUGAACAACAGUGAUUGCCAAAGUUUAAAUAAUACCUUAAAUGCUUUAAAGGGGUUUGUAUUUAAGGAAGGGAGAAAAGAAGGAAAGAAGCAAGGAAAUAGGAAGAAGGGAGGGCACAGAGAAAAAGAGAGGCAGAAAGUGAGGGAGAAAAGAGAAAGCUACAUUACUUAUUUGAAAAUAAAAGGAACACCCUGGGCUGUAAUAAUGUCAGGCUCAAUCUCUUGAAAAAUGUAGAAUGAUUUAAAUGGCCUGCAUUCAUUUUAUCUUUUUUUUUUUUAAAAAAAAACCUUUAGUGGUUAGCCAGGACCAGCACAAUCAUAUUGGGCUUGGUAUAAAUCCGAAUGAAAAGAGCACAAAUAACAUUCAUUAGUUGCUCAGGGAUUUUUCCUGUGGUGCUAUUUAAAUUAUACAAAAAUUCUUAAGACUUUAGGCUACUCGACCAAGAAAACAGAACAAAACAAAGACCGUGUUUUCUCUAAUUCCGUUGUGGAAUGUAAGUGAAAUCAGAGUCCUAGGCUAGGAAGAAAUACAUAGGUAAUUUUUCUUGUGUGGGUUUUGGUUUCUGUCAUGUUGUUUAUUGGCUAUAGAUUCUGUCUUUUAUGUUAUCUGACUUUUUUAGAGCGAAUAAUUAGUUUCUGUCCACCUAGAUUUAAAUCCAUGACCACCUUCUUGCUCUACUCUGAAGAUAAUCAUUAAGAACCUUUCUUUCCCCAGUUCCAAAACGUUCUCAGUGUCUUUAAUGUGUGUUUAUUUUCUUCCCAAUUCUUUCAAAGAUUUAACUCCCAUGAUACUUCCUCCCCCCGCCCCAGGAAACACCAGAAACAUGUAUAAUUAUAAUUCACCAGUUUAAUUAUGUGAGCAUGUUGAGUACUUACAUGCAGGUCCAUUAAGUUUUCACUAACAAAUAUUUUUUCAUGCAAAAGCAAUAAAUAACAUUGUGCUUCCAAAAUGUUCAGAAUACAUUUGGGUAGUAAUACUUUCCUAGACUUACAAUAAUUAUUGAAAGUAUUCUUACGACAUCUUUAAAUGGAUACACAGGUCAGUUACAACAUACAAAAUGUAAUGGUG